AUGCCCAAAUCAUCCCAUUCAACUGCUUCCAUAGUAGCAGGGAGUAUCGCUACCGUAGGAGUUGUUGCAGCAGCUUCCGUGUGGAACAUCUUUCGUCGUCGAGCUCCAUAUUUGACCAACAACGAUCUCCUCGCUGAUCCUGUGGGCGACCUUCAAGUGGUUCGAAAGCUGACAGCGGCCGACCGGGAAGGACUCAAGAAAGCCAUCAGUUCAUCGUUUGACUACCUAUACGUAGUAAAGGAGGAAAAGUCUGUUUCAUCUGAAGAUACCGCAGAUGAGACAGAGGCCAGCCUCGAAGAUAUGGACGCAGCUGUGGAAUCCUUUGUGGAAUAUGUCCUCCACAUUGCCGAGAAUUAUGGUCACAUCAUCAAGUCUGUUGACAAUGGCGGCAACUACCAAGGUUCUAUCUGCGUUAUCCCACCAAUCUCGCCGCAUCUUUACAAGGCCUACAAUCUGAGUGCCAUUAUGACUGCAAAAAUGUUUUCCUUGCACACCUGGAGAGACCUCUUUUCUUCCAAACGAUACAACGACAUUGAUAUAUUCGAUGAUCGACUGAGCAGAACAAGCCGUCCCAUCUUGAAAGAUUGCUCAAAUGACCAAUGGUUUGUCCUGAACUUGGGCGUGGCUCCGUCCGCUUCCGGCAAGCGCCUGGGAACACGAAUGAUGCAACAAGUCUUUCACUUGGCCAAGGAUUCUCCAGUCAUUUGGAAUGUAUCUACUGCCACCGCAACUACUCCUGUAUCGCACAUGAUGAUGCAUCGAAAAGGACUGAAUGCCAAGAAAAUCAUGCCGUCCAGUCCUUCCCGGAGAAAAAGCAGCCGACGACGAAACAAGAGCGAACUCAUCUCACAGUGA